ACCUGGGAUUAUUUCAUGCAGAAAUCGAAAUGCGAAAAAAUGUCGCAAUCGGAAAUGAAUUUCAAAGCCUAUUUCGUCGACGAGGAGAAUUCUGAAGUUAAACGAUUCUCUUUACCACGAAGCAAUGGUAAGAUCCCAAGUUUCGUUACCAUGGAGGAGAAAUUGAAGUUAGUAUUCCCAAGCUUGAGAUAUUGCGACUUCAAAAUCAACUGGAAAGAUGGCGAUGGUGAUCUUAUCUCUAUAUCGAACGACGAAGAUUUCAUGACAGCGUUAACAGAAAUGAAUUGCGACCCAAAAGUUUUGUACGUCAAUACUAAACCGAAAAAGUCACCAGAAGCAACUCUUUUCCGAGUGAUUUGUGAUGUUUGUGAAAAUGGCAUAAGCGGUUAUCGUUACAAGUGCAUCGAAUGCCCUGAUUAUGACCUUUGUUCAGCCUGUGAAAGCAGCGGCAAUCAUUCAGAGCACAUGGUGCUCCGUCUUCCUAAUAGCAACACAUCAAUAGCUAAACUAGAUCGAAAAAUGAUGUACAAUGCUGCAAGAGCAUUGAAAAAAUCAGUGGUUCAAGCACAUAGAUGUGCUUAUAAGGAAUCGUUCAAAAAUGGAGAGAAGGAUAAACCGAGUCGCAGUGGUGAUGCCUCUUCCUCUACGAAAGCAUCUCAAUCUGGAUGCCCUUUCGGCGCGGCUGACAUGAAUGCUUUAUUGGGUCAGAACAUAAGUCCCAUUCUUGAAAUGUUAUCAAAAUCAGCCCCAACUUCGUCUGAUGAAAAUCAAGGAGCUUCAAAUCCUUUAGCCGACUUGAUUCAUUCGGUCGUGGAAGCAUUCACAGGGUCAGUAAUAACUGAACCAACUGACACAGUAAACAAAACUGCAAGUCAGGAACAAACAAACAGCCCAGAUAAGAAACAAGACAAGAUUGCCCAAACAACUACGCAACCAUCAGCCCCUACAGCGAAUGCCAACAGUCAAGAAAUGGAAUGGACCAUUGUUGGUGGUGGUAAUGAAGAUUCCACAUCUCAAGCGAGUGCUUCUUCAAAAACCUCGACGGUCCAGCAGCCACCCCAACCCUCGCAAGAUCCAAGGCUGAUGAGGGGUUUAGCACAACUACACGAAAUGGGUUUCUCUAACGAAAACAAUUUUCUCAAUUACUUGCUCGAAAUGCAUGACUACGAUGUUGCAAGAGCGGUGAAGGCUAUUCUACAAUUGAAAUGAUUCAAAUUUAGUUUAACAUUAUGUUUCAUAAUCUGUGGUCUAUUAUAUUUCAAUUCAACAGGAGGGUCUAUUGUUAUUAUAAAUUAUACUUAAGGAGAAAAAUUA